GUCAGCGCCAUUUUGAUGAAACAGCGAGGAGAGAGAAGCACCUCGGAACAACAGAACCGGAUUGGAUUAAAAAAAAAAAUCAACACUGGAGUUGUUAAUUUAUUUUUUACACUAUGGAAGAUAAUCGUAUAUCGACGAGGAGUGUUGGGAUCACAAGCGGUUGGAUUUUGUAGAUAUUUUUUGAAAGCCUACGUGGGCAGUAACUGUUAGCGUUGGUUUAGCUUUUUGUUUGGCAAAGUGGUGUGUAGCAUGUUAGCAUCGACGUUAGCUACUCGGCUAAUUUAACUAUUCGGUCAUUUUCGUUCAACAAACAAACCCCCAAAAAACACACGUAAGGACUCUGGAAUAACAUGAAACUUGUGGACUAGUGGAAGAUAUAUGGACGCUUUUUCUUUUUUUGGAGUCUCAUCUUGACUUUUUAAACAUUAUAUCCACACGGACUGAAGAGAUCACAGGCCCUCCGCUGAGCUGCACAGCGAGCUGGUAGCGAGGCGGCCUGUGCUUCCAACAAGGGGACAAUUCACCACCACCGGACUUUUGCAUUUACAUCCAAGUCAUAGAUUUUCUCUAAACCUCCUGGACUCUGUUGGGAUUUUGGUGGCUCACUGUUGUUAUUUAUCGGACUCGCACAAAGAACUGUGGAUGCACACUGGGGGGCCGCUCAAUGGCGCCCUGGCCUCGCAUCGCGAUUAUUUUUCUUUGGCAAUAACAAGGACUCUGUCGUUACACACGACCUGAACACCUCCCCCCACCCCUCGUUUUAGUCCCUUUUCUUUAUCUGUAGUGUUUCCAGCCAAUAUAUAAAGAAGGUUUAUACAUUAAAGUUACCAGAUUCAGCCCUCUUGUGUGUAGUGUUAACGCUGUUUUAUUUUGAUUAUAACACAGGCCUGUGUUGUUUUUUUCUUUUUCUUUUCUUGUGCUUGAUUGACUUGAAGUUCCUAGACCUGUAAAAAAAAAAAAAAAAAAAAAUGUCGUGUGUUCACUAUAAGUUUUCUUCCAAACUGGAAUACAACACAGUCACUUUCGAUGGGCUGCAUAUCACCCUCAGUGAGCUUAAGAGGCAGAUCAUGGGCCGAGAGCGCCUCAAGGCCACAGACUGCGACCUGCAAAUUACCAAUGCGCAGACUCGAGAAGAGUAUACUGACGAUGAAGCCCACAUCCCUAAACACUCAUCUGUGAUCGUCCGUCGCACUCCAAUUGGUGGAGUAAAGCCCGCUGGCAGGACGUUCAUUGUAGAUCGUUCUGACACAGCUGUGGUCGGAUCUUCUAGACCCACUGAUUCUUCUCCUUCUAUGUCACUUGCCCAACUCGCAAAGACUGCAAACCUUGUUGAUGCAAAUGCAUCAGAAGAUGACAAGAUUAGAGCCAUGAUGUCACAGUCAAAUCACGAAUAUGACCCGAUACAUUACUCCAAGAAAGCGGUUGGGCCUCCACCUGCUCACUACACCUGCUUCCGUUGUGGAAAGGCUGGUCACUACAUUCGGCAAUGCCCUUUACUCAUGGUGCAGGAUAAAAGUGUGGAGGGUCCGAAGCCAGUAAGAACUAGUAAGGGCAUCCCACAGAGUUUCAUGGUGAAAGCAGAGCCAGGCACCAAGGGAGCAAUGUUAACCAGCACUGGAGAAUACGCAAUACCUGCUAUAGAUAGGGAGGCGUAUGCACAAGGGAAGAAGGAGCGUCCUCCGUUUGUUCCACACGACCAGUCGUCAUCUGAAGACGAUACAGACCAUCCCGAUGAACUCUUGUGUCCAAUCUGCAAUGAUCUGAUGACCGAUGCAGUAGUAAUACCCUGUUGUGGAAACAGUUACUGCGAUGAUUGUAUCAGGACUACGUUGUUAGACUCAGAGGAGCACAUUUGCUACACAUGCAAACAGGCCGAUGUUUCACCUGAUAAUCUCAUUGCCAACAAGUUUCUUCGACAGGCCGUGAAUAACUUUAAGAAUGAGACUGGAUACACCAAACAUGCUCGCAAACAGCUUCAAAAUGCAGCUCCACCUCCACCUCGCCCUCAACUCGUUAGGCCUCUGCACUCAAGACAGCAGGACCCACUGCUAGCCAACAUCUCACAUCCGCCUCCUCCAAGUGUCCCCCUCACAGCCCCUCAAGCACAGCUGCCAGCUCCCACACCUGCACCUGCACCUACACCUGAUCCGGUUGCCCCAGCUGCUGCUUCUGCUGCGACCGCUGCUCCGACUCCUCCUCAUGCUGCUGUUGUUCUGGAAGAACAAGUUUCUUCACCAGGUCCUGCACCUAUUGCUGAAAACCAUUCUCCUCUUCACUCUAUCAGCCAGGGUGAACCACCUCCACCGGGUGAGUCAGAUCCAGAACCUACGGUGACACCAGACUCAUCUCAAAACUCAGAAUCCGGCUCACAGGGCUACCAUUCAAACUUUGCUGGCCACUUGCCACCAAUAAGACAACCUCAAUCAUCAGGUCACCAGUCACGAGCCCACCACUCUAACAGAGGAGGAGGCAGACACUGGGAGAGGCCUUUCAGAAGUAGAGGAGAGCGCCCCUCCCCUAUGCUCCAUACAGCUCCACCUCCUCUUCCAGUUCCUCCAGUGUACCCAGCUCCAUCCCUGUACCCGCCUCCCCCGCAGUCAUACCCUCCACCCUACACCUCUGCCCCUGGCCUCCUCCCUCCUCCCCUCAGUUACCAGCCCCAGCCUGUUUAUGCCCCUGGACCACCAGUGCUCAACCCUCCAUGGGUUGCCCCCGGUACCCAGCCUCCUCUUCUCCCUCUCCCUCCCCCCCUCUCUCAACCCCCCCUCUCGAAGGAAGAAUUCUACAGACAGCGGCACCACAGACAGGACAAAGUAACAUCCAAACUGGAUGAAUUUACUAAAGACUUCCACAAAGAGCUUAUGAAGUACAGAAAUGCACCAAAGAGACGAAGACCAUCUUAUUCAAGAUCACGGUCAUACAGUCGCUCUCCAUUCAGCCGUUCUCCUUACUCUCGCUCUAGGUCCAGAUCUAGAUCCAGAUCAAGAUCCAGGUCUUACUCGUAUUCUCCCAGUAGAUCCCGCUCCCGGUCACGCUCCCAUGGCCGAUCUUAUCCACGCUCGCCUUAUUCCAGACGCAAUGGACGCAGCUAUGGACGCUCACGUACAAGAUCCCGCUCUCGUUCAAGGUCUUUUGGGUAUCAGCGCUCUGGCUCACCACGGACUCCUCCCCCCUACCGUGGAGGAGCCUGGGAGGGAGCGGAGGGAGCAGGGCCCUUCAGGUCUAGGUCUCGUUCCCCUGGUGGUUACAGGAGCCGAAGCCCUGGUGGGCGAAAGCAACCUCCGCGGGAGCCUGAACCUUAUGAAGUGAAUGGUCCAACUCCUGCAGGCCAUGAGCGCUGGGAAAGAGAGAGGUAUCGGCAGUGGGAGAAGCAGUACGCAGACUGGUACAACAAAUACUACAAAGAUUAUGAAAACCAACAUCCCUCUCAUCAUCACAGAGGUCGUGGCAGCAGAGACAGGGAGCGAGACAGAAUGUCUCCAUUACCAAGAGAUUAUUCCCCCCAGGGCAGAGGGAGAAGAGGGAGAGAGGAGAGAGGUCCUCCACCUCACCAUCCCUCAUCCUCUUCCACAUCUGGGACAAAGUCCAGCACUAAAGUCUUGAAGGCAAAGAAAGUAAAAAAGAAGAGGACUGGGGAGGAUUCAGAGCCAUCACAGUCAGUAGACAGAGGUGAUGCUACACCUGUCAGAGAUGAACCAAUGGACGAACUUCCUUCACUUAAUAAAACAUCCCCCACUUCAUCAAAGCCUCCAGGUGGGACUACAACCACUAAAGCUCCAGCCUCUAAAAGCUCUGCUUCAUCUGUUAAACCCUCAACCAAAGCAACAUCCAAGACUCCGUCUGACAAGACGAAGAAGGACAAGGGACUGAAGGUGAAAGCUAAGAUAAAAACGGAGGGUGUGAAGGCGAAGAGUGAAAAAGCGAAGAAAAAGAUAGGUGAAGGAUUGUCCACCAAAAAGAAAGAAUCCUCAUUCUCCUCCUCUUCUGCCACAAAACCGAUCAAGACUAGUAAAAAAACAGAAGAAGCCCCCAACUCCACACCUAAAAAGGAGAAGAGUAAAAGCUCUUCAGUGAGGCCUCCCCUACUUAAGACCCCUCCUCUUCCCUCCCACAACCUUCCUCUACUCCAUCCCUCCCUUCAUGACACUCCUAGACUGGGUCAUGACAUUCGGGGGAGAAGAGAUCUUCCACAGGGUGGCGGUCUCCUUCCUACCCCCCAUCAACAUGGACACCCACUCCUCCAUAGACCUCCCUCCCCGGGCGACAGCCGGAGAAGGAUGGGAGUUGAGGGUCGCUCUUUGCUUGGACCUCCUCCUGGAAAGCUGAGGAGAAUAGAUGGAUUAGGGGCUGAUGUCAUGUCCCUCUCACACAUGUCUCAUCAGCCCCCGCUCCACAGACUCCCACCCCCUUCAGACAGACCUGGUCUUCUGCCCUUACCAGGGAGCCGUGAGAUGAGUCGGGAUGAUGCAGAUCGAGGAUCAAUCAGACCUCUGAUGGAUCUUCAGGUGAAGCCCUUGGCCCAGAGGAGGAUAAAGCUAAACAGAGAUCUGGGAAGAAAAGGCAGCACUGAGACACCACCCUCAGACAGAACACCAGGUUCUGAGAAGACGCCUUCAACUUCGGAUCGAUCUGCUGCUAAUACUGAAGGAGACAGACCCAGCAGCACAGCGGAAACUGCUGGAAAAAGGGAGCGAUCGUCGUCUGCUGAGAGGGGAGUCUCCAGAGAAAGACAAGGGAGUGCUGGAGAGAGACUGCAGGGCUCAGACAGAGAGCAGAACAGAAGCUCAGGACCAGACAGAGAGCGAGACAGAAUCUCUGGAUCAGACCGAGACAGAGAUAGAGGCGUGGCAUCUGACAGAGAGAGGGACCGGGUCCCUGGAUCAAGCUCACAGAAGGUUUCUGUAACAGUAGACAGAAACUCUGACGGAGAAAGAUCCGUGAGGACAGAACGAAAGAGGUCCAGUAGUGGAAGUGCAGGAGGCAGGUCUGUCUCUCUGGAUAAAAUGACCAUUGGAGAGAAAUCAGCUGUCCCCAAGAGAGCAGUAGACCAUCAGGAAAAACAAAGCGCAUCUUCCAAGGAAAGAGGAGAGGGGUCAGAAAGAGCUUCAAAAUCUGACAGGAGUGUUUCCAAGGACAGAGCAGAGAGGAGUGUACCCUCAGGGGAGAAACCACUUGCUGCUAACCGAGAAGCAGUAAAAGAUGGUGAGGAAACUGUUGUGAAACGCAAACCGAAGAUCAGCCGUAAAGCCCUAACAAGCCCAACAGCGAGCUCCCUGAGGUCAACUCAAGAAACAAGGCAGGAGUCGGACAAAGACCAGAAGAGUGUCACCUCCAAACCUGCAGAAGAGCCCCCAUCCAGCCCUGUGAACAGCAGAGGCUGCAGCCAAACUGUCAGCCCCCCACCCAGCCCUGCCAGAGAGGAGCCAAUCAUUCAGCCUCCUCCUCGCUCCAAAUGGGAGAGAGAAGAUGAUGAAGAGGGCCAGGAAAAUGGACCGAGUGCUCCCAAGGAGCCGUCACCAGUGCCAAAGAGGGUAAGAGGCAGAGAGGUUCAGGCUGAAGCACAGAAACCUGUCAGAAGUACAGGACUGGAGACAACAAGGGAGGAGAGGAGAGGAGUCAUGAGAGAAGAGAAGAAAGUGAGACCACCAAAGGAGGAGGGCAAAAGUGGCAGGACAACACAGACCAAUUCAGAUAAACAAAAAGUAAAGCUUGUGAGGGAUGAAGGGAGAGGAGUAAGGGAAGAAGGAAGAGCUGCAGGAAGAGAGGAGGGAAGAGGAGUAGGAAGAGAAGAGGGGCGAGUAGUGACUGGAAAGGAGGAAAGAGCAGCAGAAGGGAGAGGUGGAGGAGGACGAGAGGAGACUCGUGGCCCAGAGCCCAGGAGACAGCGUCUGUGCUCUGACCUGGGCCGUGAGACAGACGAGGCUGCUUUUGUUCCAGAUUACAGCGAAGGAGAAGGAUCUGAGCCGGAGAGAGGGAGGAGUGGCAGCCUCAGUCCCUCUCUCAGCCAGGCCUCCAACAGCCCCACCCUGAGCAACCACAGCGGCUCGGGAACCACCACCACUACCACUACAACAGACAAGAAGAAGAAGAAACACAAGAAACAUAAAAAACACAAGAAGCAUAAGAAGCAUGGCAGCCAGGAAAAAGAAGGGGAACACAAGGUGCAUAAGCACAAACACAAGAAGAAGAAACACAAAAAGAACAAAGAUAAAGACGCAGAGGAAGAGGAGGAGAAGACAGAGGAAGAAGAGGAAAAGGUUCCAUGUUAAUAGGCAAAAACUCCUGUAACCUUGAGAUAAUGAUGAAUCCAGGAAUAACGGCUAACAAUGUCAUGCUGCUCCAUGUGCUACUCAAAGGGAAGAGAUGAGAUGGAUCUUAGACUGUUCGAGACACUGGAGGAGGGCUGUGUGACUGUUACUCAAAUACUUCAUGUCACUGCAGGACCCCAACACUCACACAGUUUUGUCGUGCCUGGCUUACAGCUACUGAAGUUUCUGCAUCUUUUUUGACUUUGGGUCAGGAAAAUUUCGAGAGACAUGCCGUACUGCACUACUGUGAUCAACCUAGAGCGAGCCAGAAAAGACUGGAAGAUAACUGAUCACACACAGCAGUAUGCCAGAGCGACUGGAAUAAAUGCUGUGCUCAGGGAUGUGAUUGCUUCUUUGCAGAGAAAGAAUAGCUUUUUCUCUGUAUGAUUCAUUUGUAAAUAGAGAUGAACUGUUGCUUCACAUACAAACAAUUUUUUCCUCAGUUUAUUUUGCUCACAUCCCUUUGUGCUGUUCAAGGCUUAAAUGCUGAAUAACCUUCAUGGCAGAGGGGAUACUUGUGUGCUCUUUUUCAAAGACUACUAUGUGUUUUAGCAUGUUUUAGCACAUUAGCUACAAAUCAAUUACAAUAUCUUUCUGCUGACCAUUUCCAAGUUGAUAAUCUCGUUUUUAUUCAGCCAGUCAUUUUCAGUUCAUGCCAGUGCAGUUUUGAUUAGUUUUGAACGAAGUUGUGAUGUGAAUAAAAGAAGGCAACAAAAACAGAUAAGCUACUACUUAGCCAGGUUUAAUCUCCAUACAUAUAACAUGUUUUAAUCCAGUUAAAACCUGGAAGAUUAUGAAGCUCUGAGGAAAUAGUCGAUAGUAAAGAAUUUGUGAUUUAUGUGCUAAUACAGGCAAACUCACCAGAAAGGUCUUUACAGUUAAAUCAAACCUGUAUGCAUUCAUGCUUCACUGGAUUGUAAACAUCUAGGAUGUGUUUAUUAAUAAUUGAAAAUCAAUCUGCAUGUUUUUGUUCCAAAGGUGCAGCAAUUGUCCAUCACAUUGUCUGAGUGAGUGAAUGUGUGUGAGGUGGUGUGAACAUGAUGUUAAAGUGUGAUUUCCGGCAAAGUGGAGGAUUAAUGUUCUUACAAAUAAGUAGUUAUUUUUUUCUUUUUUUUAUUAAAAUGUUUUGACCUCAUGAAA